UAAAUUUAUUUUGGGAGAUAAAAAUGGACACGGCGUGAGGAUGUGGGUGUAGGCUGCUGUAGACAGGAAGAGAAGAGAUGGUGUGGCUGAUCCGUGACCGCUCCAAAACUGGUUCACUUGUCCGAUCAACGUUUGCUCUUGUGGCUUCGUCUGUCCAUGGGGACUCCUCUUUGUGCUCACCCUUUUCUACUCCAAACAGUUUAUCCCUGGGUUUCUCAAGAACAAUGCCUCGCCCUAACUUCGCGAAAUGGGCAAGAAGUGAAGCAGCACUCUCGCCUUCGAUAAAGGAGAAACAACCAGUUGCUCCAAAUUAUCUUGGACUCAGUAAAGAGUAUAACGGCCCAAACCUUGGUCCCACAGUUGAAAAUGAUGAUAGACAGGACUUAUUUGGUGUGAUGAGACAGAGGUUUCUGAGUUUCAAGAACCAAAAAUACCUGAAAGAGUUGGAGCAUUUUCAAGCUCUUGCUGAAGCUCAGUCUCCAAAGUUCAUGGUAAUUGCUUGUGCAGACUCUAGGGUAUGUCCCUCUAACAUUUUAGGAUUUCAACCUGGAGAUGCCUUCAUGAUACGUAACAUCGCCAAUCUUGUUCCUCCCAUGAAGAAUGGAGCAACUGAGUGUAAUGCUGCUCUUGAGUUUGCUGUAACUAUUCUCAAGGUUGAAAAUAUUCUAGUUGUUGGUCAUAGCAAUUGUGCUGGAAUUGAAACGUUGAUGAAUAUACAAGAAGACGUCGAAUCGAGGAGCUUCAUUAACAAAUGGGUUGUUAAUGGGAAAGUUGCCAAGUCGAGGACAAAAGCUGCCACAGCUCAUCUUGGCUUUGGUAUGCGAUGCAGAUUCUGUGAGAAGGAGUCUCUAAACCAAUCACUAUUGAACUUGCUGAGUUACCCUUGGAUAGAAGAAAGAGUGAAAAAGGAGUUGCUUUCUCUUCAUGGAGGAUACUAUGAUUUUUCAAAUUGCUCCUUUGAGAAAUGGACACUUGAUUGGAGAGGAUGCAAUGUUAAAGAACGCAGUUAUAGUGUUAAAGACCAAGAAUUUUGGUGUUGAUGUUAGGGCGUUGUUCAUUGUGUCCCAAGAAGUCCUCAUGUUGGCCAUCAGACUCAAUUUGGGCCACAUCCUCAUUACCACAUGUUACUGCUGAUUGUUCAAGGCAUCGCCUUUCUCGAUAACAAAACUUGUAAACUAAUUAGCCCCCACUUCAAGACAAACCACUACACACUUAAUACCACUCUGUGCCUUACUCUAAAGCCAUUGGAAAAUAAGAAUUUAAUGUUAUUCAUUUUUUGUUUUGUAAAGGGACUUAAUAAUAUAGAUGAAAAAUUCGGAUGCAUCAAA